AUGCUGCCGCAAUGCCAGGGCCCCGUCUGGGCCAUUGACGACCUGUCUCGUUGCUUCCAGCGCAACAUCCUCCAAUUUAUACUUCCCCUCACUGUCUGCGGCACCUCGCUGCUGAUAGUUCUAAUUCGCCUCGCCCAUCGAUAUGCCCUCACCCGAAAAGAUGUCGCAUACAAGAUCCUCCCGAACGAUGAUUCCGAAGAUGAAGUCCCCAAUGCGACGCAGGGAAAUGAGUCCGAUGCGAUGCUAUCCCAGGCUGUACAACAGGAACAGUCCCAGGUUGAGGUCGAUCGCCCGCGUGGGGAAAUUACAGUUGUGUUACUUGAAAUUACAGCUCUGAUUGGACAGGUUGCGCUCUAUAUUUUCAUUUUGUCGACCCACGCUUGGGGUCGACAUGGCACACUCCCUGCCGUGGCGGGCCUUGUAUCGUGGGGCUAUAUCCUUUUCUUGGUGCUGGUCCGGUUCCUUCUAUCAACCCUGAAUCUUUUCUCCGCCCCGAGACUAUGGAAUCAUACCGCCGCUCUAUACGGCUUCCAAUGGCUGUUCAACAUCAUGGUUUUCCGAUCCGCCAUUAUUCACCCAUUGUCCCAGCGCGCUAUGAUUCUCAGCAGCGUUCAGUUCACUCUGAGCACGGUCCUGCUGCUUAUUGCACUGACGACUCGAAGAGGCAACAAGCCAGUUUUGGUGGAGCGUGAGGAUGGCUUGGCGCCCCCAACGCACCCCACGGCCAGCUUGCUGUCUCUUGCGACAUUUGCCUGGCUCGAUCCUCUGGUUAUGAAGGGUUAUCGCCAGCCAUUGGAGCUUGAGGAUGUUUGGAACUUGACUCCGUCCCAGAAGGCCGCAAAUGUUCUUGCAGACUUCCGCAAGAGACAAAUGAAGGGGUCUCUGGCAUGGAAGCUGCUUCGAUUUUUCAUGGGGACGAUUCUUAAGCAAGGUGCUUGGACAGUCUUCGCCAAUCUCUUCGUCUUCAUGCCUAGUCUACUUCUCAAGGCUAUUCUCGAGUAUGUCGAAGACCCUCGGUCGACUACCCCUAAUGCUGCUUGGUUGUUCGCCAUUCUACUUUUCUGCUGCGCCACGGUCCAAGGUGUGGCAGACGGACAAUCUUUGUACAUUGGUCGUAAGAUGGGUGUGAAAAUCCGUGCGAUUAUCAUUGGUGAAAUUUAUGCCAAAGCUCUGCGCCGCAAGGCAGGCGCUUCAGUUGAGGCUGCUAAGAAGUCUGUGGAAGAGCCAAUCUUGCCUAAGGAUAAGAAAAAGAGGAUUUUCUCCUUCGGUCGUAAGAAGAAGGCUGCGAAUGGAAGUGAUACCGAGGCUGGAACCAAGCCAGACACCAAAGCAGAGGAACCCACGCAAGCAAAUGUUGGCACUAUCAUCAACUUAAUGGCAAUCGAUUCAUUUAAGGUGAGCGAAGUUGGCGCCUAUCUUCACUUCCUGUGGGCUAGUGUCCCAGUUCAAAUCAUAAUGGCAGUCACAUUGCUAUAUCACAUCAUGGGUUUCAGUUCAUUUGCUGGCAUCGCCUUGAUGGCCCUCAUGUUGCCUGUCAAUCUUGUCAUUGCCCGCCAGUUCAACAAGGUUCAGAACCAGAUCUUAAAAGGCACCGAUGCUCGUAUUCACGCCACCAACGAAGUCCUUCAAAACAUUCGCAUCAUCAAAUACUUUGCUUGGGAACAGCGAUUCCAGGAUAUUGUCGGUGAGAAGCGCAAGACUGAACUCAAAGCACUGCGCAAGCGAUACAUCCUUUGGUCCUCGGCCGCAACCGUCUGGUACGGCACACCUAUUCUCAUCACCUUCAUGUCUUUCUUCUUGUACACGGUGGUCGAGAAAAAGCAGUUGACUCCUUCCAUUGCUUUCCCAGCACUGUCCAUGUUCUCUUUGCUGCGUGUGCCCCUGGAUCAGCUCGCGGAUAUGGUGGCUCACGUUCAAGAAUGCAAGGUUUCUCUGGAUCGUGUAGACAAAUACCUCAAUGAAGAGGAAACCGGCAAAUAUGAGCAACUGUGCGAUAGCACGACCGCGGGAACUCCCUCCAAGAUUGGCCUCGAAGGGGCAACCUUAUCUUGGGGCAACGUGAAGCCCGAAGAUCAAGAGAGCGGAUCCGAUGCUGCCCUGGACGCUUUCCGUUUGAUCAACGUCGACGUCGAGUUCCUUGUUGGAAAGCUCAACAUCAUUGCUGGUGCUACUGGCUCUGGAAAGACGUCUUUACUUAUGGCUUUGCUUGGAGAAAUGCAACUUAUCGAGGGUCGUGUCCACCUUCCCGGCGGGGUUUCCAGUAGGGCAGAGCUCCCAGUGGAUCCUGAAACCGGCUUGAUUGACAGUGUUGCUUACUGUGCUCAAGAGGCAUGGUUGGUUAAUGAUACAGUGAAAGAAAAUAUUAUCUUCGCCUCUCCCUAUGACGAGCGUCGCUACCGCGCAGUGCUAAAAGCAUGCGCUCUGGAACGCGAUCUUGCCAUUCUCGAUGCUGGUGAUCAAACUCUGGUUGGAGAAAAGGGCAUCAGUUUGUCUGGUGGUCAGAAGCAGAGAAUCUCUCUUGCGCGCGCUAUCUACAGCAGUGGUCGCCACUUGCUGUUGGAUGACUGUCUCUCAGCUGUUGACUCCCACACCGCCAAGCACAUCUUCCGUCAGGCUCUUACCGGACCCCUUAUGUUUAACCGCACUUGCAUUUUGGUGACCCACAACGUUGCUCUGACGGUUCCCCAGGCGGACCACGUUGUGGUGCUUGAGAACGGUAGAGUAUCCGCUCAGGGCCGCCCCGAUGAUGUCGCCGCUACCGGUGCAUUGGGUGAUGAGUUCCUUAAAUCUCGGCCCGCUUCCCGGGCUAGCUCCCGUGGAUUGUCCCGUGCCCCGUCGGAUCACGAAUCAGAGGAUGAAGAUUUGAACGGAACAGCGAACGGCAAAGCCCAGGAAGACAAGGCCAAGCUAUCCGAGUCCAAGGCUACUGGUAGCAUCAAGUGGUCGACCGUCAGCAUGUAUCUUCGUGCUAUGGGGCCGUGGUACUACUGGAUCGGAGCUGUUCUGGUAUUCUGCUUGCAACAAUUGGGCUCUGUUUCCACCAAUAUCUGGAUUAGACAAUGGGCAAACUCUUACCACACCUCUAAGGUUGGUACCGAGGAUGCCGGGCAAUACGCCGCUGUAGCACAUCUCAAGCCCCCCACAUUCAAUGUUGGAAGUGUCGGGCGCGUGAGCAGCUGGAGUCUUCCUCAGCUGGGCGCGGCUUCUACUCCUAGCGAGACCGAUGGUGAAGUGAACGUGGGUUAUUACUUGGGUGUAUAUGCACUCCUCGGAUUCCUCUACAUCGCAAUUUCUCUGUCUCGGGAAGCAGUCCUAUUCUGGGGCUCACUUCAUGCAUCAUGGAAGAUUCAUGAUCGUCUUCUGAAGGCAGUCAUGCAUGCGAAGUUCCGUUUCUUCGACUCCACCCCUCUUGGACAAUUGAUGAACCGCUUCUCCAAGGAUGUCGAGUCGGUCGAUCAGGAGGUCGCUCCAGUUGCCAUCGGCAUGCUUCACAGUUUGGCGUCUGUCAUUAUGAUUGUUAUCUUGAUCUCAUGGAUCACGCCAGGUUUCUUGAUUGCCGGUGUAUUCAUCACCCUGGUGUACACUGCCCUCGGUGCGGUCUAUCUGAACUCCUCCCGAGACCUCAAGCGUCUGGAAUCCGUGCAACGCAGUCCGCUGUACCAGCAGUUCGGUGAGACCUUGAACGGCAUCGUCACCAUCCGUGCCUACGGCGAUGGUCCCCGCUUCAUGGUAGACAACCACCGCCGCAUCAACGCGUACAACCGGCCACACAUCUAUCUUUGGGCUAGCAACCGCUGGCUCGCUCUUCGUGUUGACUGGACCGGUGCUUUGGUCUCAUUCUUCUCGGCUACUUUCGUGUUGCUGAAUGUUGGAACUAUCGAUGCAGGUGCCGCUGGUCUGUCGUUGACUUACGCCGUCACAUUCACAGAGAACGUCCUCUGGCUUGUUCGUCUCUACUCUGAGGUUCAGCAGAACAUGAACUCGGUCGAGCGAGUAAGGGAGUACCUUGAGGUGGAUCAGGAAGCAGCUUCUGUGAUCGAAGAAUCUCGACCUGCGGCCGAUUGGCCAAGCCAAGGUGCGGUCGAGUUCAGUGGCUACAGCACGCGCUAUCGACCCGAUCUGGAUCCGGUUCUCAAGGAAGUUUCGUUCUCCGUGAAGCCUGGUGAGAAGGUCGGCAUUGUUGGCCGCACUGGUGCUGGCAAAAGUUCACUCGCGCUCGCUCUCUUCCGUGGUCUUGAAGCCGAGAAGGGUCAGAUCACCAUUGACGGCGUCGACAUCGGGUCAAUUGGACUGCGAGAUCUGCGCGAGUCUAUCACCAUUGUCCCCCAGGACCCGACCCUGUUCACAGGAAGCCUGCGCAGCAACCUGGAUCCAUUCGGUCUCUUUAGCGAUGAGCAGAUCUUCACAGCCCUCCGCCGUGUGCACCUAAUUGGAAACAAUACCUCAGGUUCCGCCACACCAGCAACCUCAGUCACUCUCACUGCCAUGGAUACAAAUGACAACGCCAACGAGGUGAACGGCAGCGCAAUGACAGUCAUUGACAACAAAAACAUCUUCCACAACCUCGACAGCCUAGUCUCAGAGUCCGGUUCCAAUCUCUCUCAAGGUCAACGCCAGCUGCUCUGUCUCGCGCGCGCUCUGCUCAAGAACCCCCGCGUCUUGAUGAUGGAUGAAGCAACCGCGUCCAUUGAUUAUGCUACCGACGCCAAGAUCCAAGAGACUCUCCGCGAACUGCAAAAUAGCACAAUCAUCACCAUCGCGCACCGUCUGCAGACCAUCAUCGACUACGACAAGGUCCUUGUCCUCGACCACGGCCGGGUGAUUGAAUACGACCACCCCUGGACCCUCAUCAACAAAGAAGAGGGCGUUUUCCGCAGCAUGUGCGAUAACAGCGGCAACAUGGAUGUCCUUCUAGACGGAGCCCAGCGCGCUUGGACUCAGAGCCGUCUUGUUGAUGACUCCUAG